AUGGGUCGAAGCAUACCCUACAAGGAACGAAACAGCACUAGUAGUCGCAAAAAAGAUCCUGGAAGAGAUUUUUCCCCGGUUCGGUAUUCCCAAGCACGCCUAAAAGCAUUGGAAGUAGUUAGAAAAGAAGUUUGGGAACAGUUGAAGAACCUCUACGACCCGGGCGAGGUGUCGAUGCCCUAUUCGUUCCAGCCGCCGGCGGCAGCCGCGGUGCCUGCCGGGAGUCGUAGUCCCAGCGUGCCCCGCGCGGAGCCCGCGCCGCCGCCUGCGCUGCCGGGGGUCUCUCAGCGCGGGGGCGGCGCCGGCGGCUGCUCCCGGGGGUCCCGGCGGAGGCGGCUCCGGCCGUGUCGGGCGAGGAGGAGGCGGCCGAGCUCCCCACGGCUGAGCGCCGGGCGGCGAGCAGGUGCAGGAUGGGGGCUCGUGGCCGGCGGGGCCCUGUGGGCAGUGGUGGAAGCGGCCAGCGCCGGCGCCUCGGUUCUCUGCCUGUGUGAGAAGGGAGAUGCCAAGGUCACGGAAGAGACAGGCAAGAUCUCCAAGAAGGAAAAGGAAAUGAAAACAGGUGCCGGGUCCUUGUUGCUGUUCCGAGGGUGGUGUUUCUCACAGAGCCUGCGGCAGCUGAUCUUCAAGAUGCUGCAGGAGAUCUGCAGCCUACUGGCAGUACCUCCUAGGCUACCUGCUGCUUUGGGGCUUCAUGGCCUUGGGUGUGUGCUCCAGGAACGGCCCAGUGGAGAACCAGCGCAGCAUCUGUCACCUCUGUUGGGGCCUGCAGCUCCUGCUCACGGCUCAGGCAUCCAGCUCCAUUCUGUGUCCUUGCCCGUGCUGCUCACUGUCGCCUGCACCGAGAACAUCGAGCACGUGGCCUCUUGGGCUUCUGCUGCCCACAGGGGAGAACUCUCAGCACCCCGGCUGGCUCCUGGUGCCCCUCUGGCUUUACAGAUGGGCAGAGGGGGGCACAGAAUGUGGAAGCCGGGCGUGCUGGGGAGGAAGGGCAGAUACUGCUUGUGGAUUCAAGUCUGUUUCUGGUUUUAAUAAAGAUGUAUUUUGUAGCUAA